AUGGCCGACAUCAAGAACGUCUCGGUUGUUGGUCACACGACUUCCUCCAGCCCAAGGCCGCAUGUGGUUUACACUAUCGCGGUCAAACGCGAGGACGGCACGAGCUAUGAACUUCACAAACGAUACUCUGAAUUUGUCGCGCUUCACGAAGCUCUUGGUGAUCCGCAUCGCCUUCCGCCCAAGCGCAUUCUGGCCACCCACUUUGUCCCAUCCGCUUGGGUUGACGACGCGCUCAUCUCAGAGCGCAAGUCAGGCCUAGGACUGUACCUAUCUGACCUCAUAUCUUCCAAGACCAGUUCUCCUCUUCUGGAUGCGUUUCUUUCUCCUCCAACUACGUCGUCCAAGCGUCCUGCACUGCAUCCCGAAGAUGCCUUACCGUCUACUUUGUCCCGCAAGACCGCCCUUUCUCUCAAAGAGGCUCAGGGCGAAGUUCAAGCGGCGGCGUCUAGCUUGAUUGCUGCUUCCUAUUACCCCGACUGGGCCGCCGACACUCUUGCGCCGGAGAGCAUCGACUUCUCCAAGUUCGACAUCCUCUUCUUCGCGUUUGCGACACCCAACUCUUCCUCUACCAUCUCCUGGGACGAUGGAGCUACCGGCACCCUGAAGCGCCUGGUGAGCGCGGCGAACAGCAGUGGAAAGGGCACAAAGAUCGUCUUGAGCAUCGGGGGGUGGGGUGGCUCGUACUACUUCUCGCAGGCCAUGUCGACAUCCGCAAACCGAACGAAAUUCGUGAAUGCGGCCGUGAGCGCCGUUAACACUUAUGGCUUGGCUGGUAUCGAUAUCGAUUGGGAGUAUCCCAACUCUUCGGGCGCCGGCAACCCAUUCUCGUCUUCCGACUCUGCCAACCUACUGAGCUUCUUCAAGUCGUUACGCACCGCCCUUGGUUCCUCCAAGAUCAUCUCCGCCGCCGUGACCCAACAGCCGUGGUUGGGAUCGAAUGGCAGUCCCCUUACAGACGUCAGCGCUUACGCUGCUCAAAUGACAUACGUGAAUAUAAUGAACUACGACGUGUGGGGCGCCUCGGCUACUCCGGGUCCGAAUGCGCCGCUCGGAAACCUUUGCGGAAAUGCAACGCAACCCCAAGCGUCCGCUCAAGCGGCGUUCGCUGCAUGGACAAAAGCGAAGAUGCCCGCUAACAAACUUCUCCUCGGCCUUCCGUUGUAUGGAUACGUGAGCAAGAGUACCAAGACCACAUUGACCAAGAUAGCUAUGCCUCCUGCGGGUUUUGUGCCUUCGAUCCAUCAAGCACGCCCCGUCUUCUUGAACAACAAACACGAGCGGGCGCGUCCAUCUACCACGAUACACGCCGAAGCUGCCGCCGGUGACCUCAGUUCAUACUUCGGUCAACAAAUCGCUUUCAACCAGAUAAUAGCCCUAGGUGCACUGAAGAAGAGCGGUAGUGUCUAUGUGCAAGCCAAUGGUUAUACCGAGGGUUGGGAUGACUGCUCGGAUACACCUUUCCUCUUCAACACGUCGAGGUCCACUGUCGUCACCUACGACGAUACAUAUUCGCUCGCAGACAAGGCGGCAUAUGCGAAGUCUUCUGGUAUGGCCGGCUGUUUUACGUGGUCCAUGGACCAGGACGAUGGAUAUUCGCUGCAGAACGUCAUUCGAUCCAGCUUGGGAAAAUGA